UGUAUCUUAAAAUAUUAAAGGGGCAUUUCCAUUGUGUAGUGCAUUAAAUGACAGUUGUCGGAAGUGUCGUCCAGUGCAUCUGUUAGUGAAAAAUGGUACUAAAUACGAGAUUAAUUCUAACCUGCUGCGUGCUUCAUUUUAUAAGACAAAUCAAUACCUCGCCCUAUGCAGAGGGGUCAUCGGAGUCAUCUGAGGCGUCAACCGAGGUACACCUCGUGUCGGCGUCGGCGGAGCUGCACGAGGGUUCGGGAGAUGAUCCCUCCGGGAUAGCUGUCACCUCGUCAAUAAAGAACGAGACGAGAGAAGCUCUUAAAUCAGACGGCAGUGAACAAGAUCCAGUGGUGUUUGUAUCUGAGAAGAACAGCUACAUCCCAGUGAGCAUCAAGCCGCGCUCGCCGGCCAGCGAAGUGGCGUGGCGCGAGCCGCCAGCCUGGGAGCGAGAAUACCGUCGACAACGCACCAAUGGAAGCCGAGUGCAGUAUAUCGAGGCGGAAUGUCAGGAUGACUUCAUGAAGAUCAAAGUCGGUUUCAACGGAUCCUUUAACGGACUUGUUUAUUCAGCAGGAUAUUCCUACGACCCGGACUGUAUGUAUAUCAAUGGUUCAGGACGAGAAUACUACGAGUUUUUUAUACAACUCAAUCGUUGCGGCACUCUCGGGAGAAACGGUCAACACGAAGACACUAAGAAACAUCCCACUAAGAACCUGAUGUGGAAUACAAUCACAGUGCAAUACAAUCCAUUGAUAGAGGAGGAUCUGGACGAGCACUUCAAGGUCACCUGCGAGUACGGAUACGAUUUCUGGAAGACUGUCACAUUCCCAUUUCUAGAAGUAGAGGUGGCGACUGGCAAUCCGGUUGUGUUCACGCUGCAGCCUCCGGAGUGCUACAUGGAGAUCCGUGGAGGGUACAGCGCGACCGGCGCGCGCAUUGCCGGCCCUGUACGAGUCGGUGACCCUCUGACCCUACUCAUAUACAUGCGCAGUUCAUACGACGGAUUUGAUAUUGUAGUGAACGAUUGCUUCGCUCAUAACGGCGCUGGCAAACGGAUACAGCUGAUAGACGAAUCAGGAUGUCCAGUUGAAGAGAAGCUAAUUUCUCGUUUCCGUGGCUCAUGGUCUGAGUCUGGUGUAUACGAGACGCAGGUGUACGCCUACAUGAAGACAUUCCGCUUUACCGGCUCACCAGCUCUCUACAUCGAAUGUGACGUCAGAAUGUGCCACGGACGGUGUCCAUCGCAACCGUGCCAUUGGCGUAACAUGAAGAGUGUACGCCGGCGUUCGGUCGCAGGACGAGAAGAGGUUGCGGGGGUUGAAGGGCGAGAGGGGACGGCACCGCGGCUGUCGGAAAAUAUCUCCCUUUUCCAGUCAUUGCGAGUCCUGCAGGAGGACGAGGAAGAUGCUGAAAUGGCUCCCAGCACAGCAUCCACCGAUGGUCAGACCUGCAUCAGAUCGUCAGCGCUGUCCGCGUUGGUGGCGACGUGCGGUGCGCUAGUUGCCGCGCUGUGCGGUGCCCUGCUCGUGCUAGCGCGCGGCCGUCGGCACGCCACGCAUACUGAACCCGCCCACGCGUACGUACCGCACAAGGGACGGAUUAAAUAGAAAUAUGGAUUGUGAUAUUAUGUGAUUUAAUGACUAUUAUUACCGCAAACAUAGUA